GCCCACGAACGAAUGGCGCCUCGGCCGAAUUCAGAAGGUUUGCCCAGGUGCAGACGACAAGGUCCGAGUGGUGGAUGUUCUUACGUCAAGAGGCGUAAUACGUCGGCCUAUCGCGAAAUUAAUACUUCUUCCACUCCUAAAGUAACUCCUACGCUAUGCUUCUUCAAUGUUCGUUCGUCCAUGUUCACGUCUAGUCAUAUGUUUUUGGAUACCACUAAUUCUACUUCUCUUUCCUUAUCAUACAGAGAAAAUGGCACCGCAUCCGAAGGCCCAGAAGCCAAACUAUCCGCCGCAAGGAACCGCUUCCUAUCGGUGCCGAGUGUGCAGAGGAGUUCAUGCACUGCGGAAGUGCCAGCAAUUCCUCAAGCUGACGGCCGAGAAACGCCUGCGAGCAGUACUUAUCAAUAAGUACUGCAGCAAUUGCUUAGCCCAUGAGCAUUCCGGGCGCUCUUGCCGCAGUGCGGGAAAGUGUCGACUUUGCCAAAGGGACCACCACACGCUUCUGCAUCUGCACAAUGAAGGGGUCCGUCGAAGACGCUCACUUCAACGUUCCCGCUCCUCCCGUAUGCGGUCACCAUCCAGAUCCCCUCACCGCCGUCCGCUGGGGCGGUCGGAUUCAGACCUAGGGGUUGAGCCGUUGAGCUCCGCCAGGCCUAGUUCUCCUGCUGCGCUUCAGGAGGAUCAGCGUGGCGCCUAUACCACUACGCUGUCUACCCUCCUGCAACAUAAGGCCACGAGUGUGUUUCCUACGGCUGAAGUGGUUAUCAACACCGGAGUCAAGAAGUUCGAAUUGAAGGCCUUGAUCGACCCUUGCUGUCCUACCAGUCGGAUCAGUGCAUCCUUGGCAAGGUCCUUGGGCCUUUCCGUCACAAGCGUCGGGACCGAUGGUGUGUGCACAGCGAGGCUCCAGUCGAUCAGGGGGCCGUUGGACGAGGAAGUCAUCUUCCACGUUGAUUCCCAGCUACAGCAGAGAUCGCCUGCACGGGAAAUCGAUCCGACGGCAUACGAAGCCUUCGCAAACCUCGCCCUGGCGGAUGAACGCUGGUUUAGGCCGAGUACCAUAUUCUUGGUAUUAGGGGCCGAAGUGUAUCCUCACAUCAUCCGUUCGGGAUUCAUUGCUGGUCAACGAGGAUCCCCUGUCGCCCAAAAUUCCGCCUUUGGAUGGAUUUUGUCGGGCCCGUGCGGCCAUUGACAAAAGGCCCAAAUUUGCAACUGCGUUGCAAGGGGGCCAGGAUGUUCAUGCUGAAUUAAUAAUAAUAUACUAAUAUAUAAUCUAAUAAUACUAAUAAUAUAAUCGAUAUCACCGACUGUGCCAUCUCUAGAGAUUUUUUCCAUCUCUAGCAUGAUUUUGAAGUUUUUUGGAGUUAUUUUUGCCGGCAAAAUUUGUUUUGCAUAAUAAAGAGACCGGAGUGUCUUUAAAACCAUCCUAAAA